AUUUCAAAGCAGGUUCGCUAUAUAUAUAUAUAUAUAUAUUAUCAUGGGGUGGGAUGUGAGAUGAGAUCUUCGUUAACAGAGAGCUGGAAGGAAUUUGAAAAUGGAGAAGGUUCAAAUGGCAACAAGAAGAAGACUGCAUCUUCUAUGCAUACUUCUCUCCAUGUGUUGUAUGUUCUCCGUUUCCCAUGGAAGAGCCGCUCCCAACUUCAGAGUUCGAGCUGUGAACCUUGGCGGCUGGCUCGUUACCGAAGGAUGGAUCAAACCCUCCCUCUUCGACGGCAUUCCCAACAAAGAUUUCUUGGAUGGGACCGGGCUGCAGCUGAAAUCGGUAACGGCGGGAAAAUACCUCUGCGCUGAAUCAGGCGGAGGAACAAUCAUCGUUGCCAACAGAACGGCAGCUUCCGGCUGGGAAACAUUCAAACUAUGGAGGAUCAACGAGACCACGUUUCAGUUGAGAGUGUUCAACGAGCAGUUCGUCGGACUAGACACAGCUGGAAACGGCGUCGACGUAGUAGCGGUUGCGAAAACGCCCGGCGCAUCGGAAACGUUUCAGAUUGUGAGGAAUUCUGCUGACUCCAGCCGCAUUCGGAUCAGAGCGCCCAACGGCUUCUUCCUUCAGGUGAAGACAGAGGACCUCGUGACAGCUGAUUCGGAUGGAAAUGGUAGCUGGGGAGACGACGAUGCCUCGGUUUUUAUCACAACUAUAUCCGGGCGCAUGCAAGGGGAGUUCCAAGUCACAAAUGGGUACGGUCCAGCCAUGGCAGCACAAGUUAUGAGGGAGCACUGGAGAACGUUCAUUGUUGAAGAUGACUUCAAGUUCAUGGCCAGCAAUGGGAUCAAUGCUGUGAGAAUUCCAGUUGGGUGGUGGAUAGCCAGUGAUCCAACACCUCCAAGUCCUUAUGUUGGAGGCUCCUUGGAUGCCCUGGACAAUGCCUUCUUCUGGGCCUCCAAGCACGGGAUUAAGGUCAUCAUUGAUCUACACGCAGCACCAGGCUCCCAGAAUGGCUACGAGCACAGUUCUUCCAGAGACGGGUCUCAAGAAUGGGGAACCUCUGAUGAGAACAUCCAACAGACUGUGGCUGUCAUAGACUUCUUAACUGCAAGGUAUGCGAAGAAUGUGAGUCUGUAUGCAGUGGAGCUGAUCAAUGAGCCUCUGGCGCCUAAAGCCACUCUGGAUAGUCUGACCAAGUACUAUGCUGCGGGCUACGAGGCUGUGAGGAAGCACUCCUCCACAGCUUACGUGAUCAUGUCGAACAGGCUGGGCGAGGUGGAUCCAAAAGAGUUGUUUCCUCUGGCCAGUGGGUUGAAGGGAUCGGUCAUUGACGUUCACUACUACAACCUCUACUCCAGCAUCUUCGACAACCUCAGCGUCCAGCAGAACAUUGAUUUCGUCCACACCAACCGCUCAGCACAGCUCAAUCAGCUUACCACGGCUAAUGGGCCUCUCACUUUUGUUGGGGAAUGGGUGGCAGAAUGGCAAGUGAGUGGGGCAGCAAAAGAGGACUACCAAAGGUUUGCCCAGGCCCAGCUGGAGGUGUAUGGACGGGCCAGUUUUGGGUGGGCUUAUUGGACCCUGAAGAAUGUGUACAACCACUGGAGCCUGGAAUGGAUGAUCACCAAUGGCUACAUCAAGCUAACUUAGAAUUUGCUGAUUUCAUUUCACAAUAAUAACAAGAGAUAGAUAAGCAUUCCAAUU